AAAAGUCAUGCCAGGCCAGCAGAGGCGGGAGGAGGGAGAGCCAGUUCGAAUUGGGGAGGGGGAACACAGUCUGAUUGUCUCUUGCUCUCUGGCACGCACCCCCAGGCUGUUUAGGGGGUGGGGUACGCCCCCAGGGUCAGUGGAGGCUACUCUUAGGCCCCCAAUCAGGUUGGCAGCCCCAGAGCACAGUGGGGAGGACUUAGGGGCAGCCAGGGGACCCUGCCACCCUAGCGCAGAGAACAAGGCCGGCCUUGGGCCAGCUGGAGCAGCGAACCCUGCCCUGGGGGCUUCUGGGAGAUGUAGUCCCCCUCCCAGGCUCACCAACCCCGUGGGUCUCAGCUCCCCAGUACUCUUCUCCUGGCUGAUGGGAGCCUCCAGAAGAAGGUGGGUUGGGAUUGAGGAGGGCUGGGGGUCACCCUGUGUCCCCAGGCAGUGCCUAUGAGCCUCAGGGGCUGUGACUGAGGACUAUGCCCUGCCAAGGAUUCAGAGUGGUGUGGGCUUGGCUGGGGGGGUGGGGCAGUCACAGUUCCUUGGAGGUGUCCCUGCACUGCUAAGGGGAGGUGGCCCCUGCCUUGGUCCAUAGGAGCCCUUGGGGGAAGAAUGUGGGGAAGAGAAGUGAGGCUUAGGCUUCUUGCUUGGCUGGGGUAGGUCCUACUCCAGGGCUGCUGGAAUUCGAUUUCAGGAGAGACUGAGCAGGCUGAGAAGGAGAAUGUCGCUCAGAGUCUGGGAGUCUGCAGGGUGUCUUUCUGGAACAGUGAAGCCAGGAUCAACUUCUGUCUGUCUGUCCAGCUUCCUUCCUUCCGGGUUUUUCUGACACCCCCUCCCUCCUCUUUCUGUCUGUCUGCUGCUUGGGGUGUGUGUCAGUCUCUGUGUCUGGGGGACCUCUGCUGCAGGGAGGGAGAGUGUGGCUCGGAGAGGUGUGCUGAGCAUGUGUCUGAGAGCUCAGAAAGGGGCUCCAGGGCCCCCUUGAUCUUUUGCCCUCCUGUCCCCAGCCUUGGUUUACCUAGGAAAGCUGUCUCAACUGUAUCUGCUGUAACCCUGCAGAUGCCUCUGAGCAGCUGUCCGAGUGAGGCUGGGUUGGCUUCCACUCCCCUUCUUCUGCCCCUCUCCUCAGCCUCUCUGGGACCAGCCACUUCUGGGAAGGGGCUGCCUAGCUCCUCUGCUGCUCCUCAGCACAGGCUUGGCUGCCUUCUCUGGGUCAGGACCGUGAUUUCAUGGCCCCAGGGGAAGAGCAUGCUCAGGCCCUGUCUUCCUGGUGUCAGCUCUGAGGUCCUGCAGCUAGAGGCCUGAGGAUAGGGUGAGAACCUGUUAGGAAGGUGAGGGGCAGGGAGGGAGACUAGGAGUCUGAGGCCAGGAAGGAAGGUGCUACCUCUCCCAGGUGGUCUGCCUCCUUGGCCUUGGAGGACCAGGCCUAGAAGUCCAGCCUUCUGGGCCACCUUCCUUUAGGGGUUCUCUGCUUACCCCUGUUGCUCCUGUUUGGGUCGGCGUGGGGGUUCGUGAUGGUUGGCUUGCUGGUGAGGGGUAGAAUACCUAUAAUCUUGGAUCCCGAGUGACUUUUGUGCCUGGGGUAGCAGGGGUCCCAUGGCUGGAGAUGGCUUUUGAAGGCUCAGAAUGAAUCCCUGGCUAUGAUGAUGGGGAGUCAAGGGAGAGGGAAGAUAUCCAGGGUCCUAGAAAAGGAUUGGUGGACCACAGAAAUUGGGGCUAGCGCAUCAGUGGCAAUUCGGGACCUAGUGAUCUUGCUUGUUGAAUCUGCAUUGGGCACCCAUGACUCCACUUAGCAGGUUCCUGUCUCCCAGCUCCUGGUACCUGGGUUAAGCAGGAGCCCUAGGCUGAGGGCUCCACUUCCAUGACCAGACAGGGCAGUAGCCUUCUGGGCUGAGUCCUAGGGGGUGGCAGUGUGGACUCAGCAAGGGCUGGAAUGCCUGGCACCUGCUUUAGAUUAAAGGAGAUGCUGUGCAAAGGGGGGCUGCCCGCCUGUUGGGGGAGCGGCUGGGAUGGAGCUCUGUGGAGCCCAGGAGUGGGGUGGGAGGAAAGGACCAGGGUCGCCGGCAGCAGCAGCUCUGGCAGGAGUGGAGGGAGCCAACUGUCACCAGCUCUGCAGCCCCUCCUCCAAGGAAUCUAAGAGGAGGAGCUGGGGGCACCCCACACUGCCUCUGGCACCACACUCUGAAGUUCUGUCCCAGCACCCUGGGGCAGCUCCAGGGAGCCAGGGUGUCUGAGUGUCCAGUCUUCCCAGGAUGAGAAGAGGCCCGCAAAGAGGGAGCCCCCAUCCCAGACCACACCCUUGAGCCUGAGCCCGACACACAUUAUUCCUGAGUCCGUGCUCCAGUACCGAGUACCUGGCUGGGCCCUGGGCACGCACAGGGGCCGUAGCCCCACUGUGUGUGGGAGCCAUGAGGAUCCUGGCUAACAAGACAAGGUUACCCCACCCCAGGAGGAGAGAAGCUCCAGGGAGCCCGCCGCUGUCCCCUCGCGGCCACUGCCCCCCUGCCCCAGCCAAGCCAAUGCACCCAGAAAAUAAAUUGACCAAUCAUGGCAAGACAGGGAAUGGCGGGGCCCAAUCCCAGCACCAGAAUGUGAACCAAGGACCCACCUGCAACCUGGGCUCAAAGGGCGUGGGGGCGGGGAACCAUGGGGCCAAGGCCAACCAGAUCUCACCUAGCAACUCAAGUCUGAAGAACCCCCAGGCAGGGGUGCCCCCUUUCAGCUCACUCAAGGGCAAGGUGAAGAGGGAACGGAGCGUGUCUGUGGACUCUGGAGAGCAGCGAGAGGCUGGAACCCCGUCCUUGGAUUCAGAGGCCAAAGAGGUGGCACCCAGGAGUAAGCGGCGCUGUGUGCUGGAGCGGAAGCAGCCAUACAGUGGGGACGAAUGGUGCUCUGGACCCGACAGCGAGGAGGACGACAAGCCCAUUGGGGCCACCCACAAUUGUAAUGUAGCAGACCCAGCCAUGGCGGCCCCACCGCUGGGUCCUGGCCAAACUGCCCAACUGCCCCUCAGCGAGAGCAGCGCACCAGGCCCCCCACAUGGGCCCCCUCCAGGUCUCCGGCCUGAUGCCCCUGGGGCCGGGGGCGGGGGUGUCCCCGGAAAGCCUUCCUCACAGUUUGUGUACGUCUUCACCACCCACCUGGCCAACACGGCUGCAGAGGCCGUGCUGCAGGGCCGGGCGGACUCCAUCCUCGCCUACCACCAGCAGAACGUGCCUCGGGCCAAGCUUGACCAGGCCCCUAAAGUAACCCCCACCCCAGAACCGCUGCCCCUGAGCACACCAUCAGCGGGCACCCCGCAGUCCCAGCCACCUCCACUGCCGCCACCACCACCCCCGGCCCCUGGCAGUGCCCCGCCUGCUCUGCCCCCAGAGGGGCCUCCCGAAGACACCAGUCAGGACCUGGCCCCCAACUCGGUGGGAGCUGCCAGCACCGGUGGUGGGGCUGGGGGCACCCACCCGAACACCCCAACGGCUACCACCACCAGCAACCCUCUGCCUCCUGGAGGAGACCCUGGUGGUGCCGCCGGCCCUGCCCUGCUGGGGGAGGCCACCCCCACCGGAAAUGGGCAGCGCAACCUGGUGGGCUCGGAGGGUCUGUCCAAAGAGCAGCUGGAGCAUCGGGAGCGGUCCCUCCAGACGCUUCGAGACAUCGAGCGGCUGCUCCUGCGCAGCGGGGAGACCGAGCCCUUCCUCAAGGGGCCCCCAGGAGGAACGGGCGAGGGGGGCCCGCCAGCACAAGCCCCACCCGCCCCCCAGCAGCCACCCACCGCCCCUCCCAGCGGGCUGAAGAAGUACGAAGAACCCUUGCAGUCCAUGAUUUCGCAGACGCAGAGCCUGGGGGGGCCCCCGCUGGAGCAUGAAGUGCCUGGGCACCCCCCAGGCGGGGACAUGGGGCAGCAGAUGAACAUGAUGAUGCAGAGGCUGGGCCAGGACAGCCUCACGCCUGAGCAGGUGGCGUGGCGCAAGCUGCAGGAGGAGUACUAUGAGGAGAAACGGCGGAAGGAGGAGCAGAUCGGUCUGCAUGGCGGGCGCCCCCUGCAGGACAUGAUGGGCCUGGGGGGCAUGAUGGUGAGAGGGCCCCCGCCGCCCUACCACAGCAAGCCUGCGGAUCAGUGGCCGCCCGGGGUGGGCGCACAGCUGCGAGCACCCAUGGAUGUCCAGGAUCCCAUGCAGCUCCGGGGCGGACCUCCCUUCCCUGGUCCCCGUUUCCCGGGCAACCAGAUACAACGGGUGCCUGGGUUUGGGGGCAUGCAGAGUAUGCCCAUGGAGGUACCCAUGAAUGCCAUGCAGAGGCCUGUGAGGCCAGGCAUGGGCUGGACCGAAGACUUGCCCCCUAUGGGGGGACCCAGCAAUUUUGCCCAGAACACCGUGCCCUACCCAGGUGGGCAAGGGGAAGUGGAGCGAUUCAUGACCCCUCGGGUCCGGGAGGAGCUGCUGCGGCACCAGUUGCUGGAGAAGCGGUCAAUGGGCAUGCAGCGUCCCCUGGGCAUGGCAGGCGGUGGCAUGGGGCAGAGCAUGGAGAUGGAGCGGAUGAUGCAGGCGCACCGACAGAUCGAUCCCGCCAUGUUCCCCGGGCAGAUGGCUGGUGGCGAGAGCCUGGCAGGUGCUCCCAUGGGCAUGGAGUUUGCUGGGGGCCGAGGCCUCCUCAGCCCUCCCAUGGGGCAGUCUGGGCUGAGGGAGGUGGAUCCCCCCAUGGGGCCAGGCAACCUCAACAUGAACAUGAAUGUGAACAUGAACAUGAAUAUGAACCUGAAUGUGCAGAUGACCCCGCAGCAGCAGAUGCUGAUGUCGCAGAAGAUGCGGGGCCCCAGCGACAUGAUGGGGCCCCAGGGCCUCAGUCCUGAGGAGAUGGCCCGGGUUCGGGCCCAGAACAGCAGUGGCAUGAUGGGUGGCCCGCAGAAGAUGCUUAUGUCUUCACAGUUUCCCAAUCAGGGCCAGCAGGGAUUCUCUGGGGGCCAGGGAUCCUACCAAGCCAUGUCCCAGGACAUGGGCAAUACCCAAGACAUGUUCAGCCCUGAGCAAAGCUCAAUGCCCAUGGGCAACGUGGGCACCACUCGGCUCAGCCACAUGCCUCUGCCCCCUGCGUCCAAUCCUUCUGGGUCCGUGCAUGCAGCCCCCAACCGGGGGCUGGGCAGGCGGCCUUCAGACCUCACCAUCAGUAUUAAUCAGAUGGGCUCACCGGGCAUGGGGCACCUGAAGUCGCCCACUCUUAGCCAGGUGCACUCACCCCUGGUCACCUCACCCUCCGCCAACCUCAAGUCUCCCCAGACUCCCUCACAGAUGGUGCCCUUGCCUUCCGCCAACCCACCAGGACCUCUCAAGUCGCCCCAGGUCCUCAGCUCCUCCCUCAGUGUCCGGUCGCCCACGGGCUCGCCCAGCAGGCUCAAGUCUCCCUCCAUGGCGGUGCCUUCUCCAGGCUGGGUCGCCUCCCCCAAGACAGCUAUGCCCAGCCCUGGGGUCUCCCAGAACAAGCAGCCGCCUAUCAACAUGAACUCUUCCACCACCCUGGGCAACAUGGAACAGGGUGCCCUCCCGCCUAGCGGCCCCCGGAGCAGCUCCUCAGCACCUCCCGCCAACCCUCCCAGCAGCCUCAUGAACCCCAGCCUACCGUUCACUUCCUCCCCAGACCCCACGCCUUCCCAGAACCCCCUGUCACUGAUGAUGUCCCAGAUGUCCAAGUACGCCAUGCCCAGCUCCACCCCGCUCUACCACAAUGCCAUCAAGACCAUCGCCACCUCAGAUGAUGAGCUGCUGCCUGACCGGCCCCUGCUACCACCCCCACAACCGCCGCAGGGCUCCGGGCCAGGGAUCAGCAGCAACCAGCCCAGCCAGAUGCACCUGAACUCAGCUGCUGCCCAGAGCCCCAUGGGCAUGAACCUGCCAGGCCAGCAGCCCCUGUCCCAUGAGCCCCCGCCUACCAUGCUGCCCUCCCCCACCCCCUUGGGCUCCAACAUUCCACUGCACCCCAAUGCGCAGGGGACAGGAGGGCCCCCUCAAAACUCAAUGAUGAUGGCUCCGGGAGGCCCAGACUCCCUGAACGCCCCCUGCGGGCCUGUGCCCAGCUCCUCCCAGAUGGUGCCCUUCCCCCCUCGGCUGCAGCAGCCCCAUGGUGCCAUGGCCCCCGCUGGGGGUGGGGGCGGGGGGCCUGGCCUGCAGCAGCACUACCCUUCAGGCAUGCCCCUGCCCCCAGAGGACCUGCCCAGCCAGCCACCUGGCCCCAUGCCCCCCCAGCAGCACCUGAUGGCCAAAGGCAUGGCUGGGCGCAUGGGUGACGCAUACCCACCGGGUGUGCUCCCUGGGGUGGCAUCAGUGCUGAACGACCCCGAGCUGAGCGAGGUGAUCCGGCCCACCCCAACGGGGAUCCCUGAAUUCGACUUGUCGAGGAUCAUCCCCUCCGAGAAGCCAAGCAGCACCCUCCAGUACUUCCCUAAGAGCGAGAACCAGCCCCCCAAGACCCAGCCCCCCAAUCUGCAUCUCAUGAACCUGCAGAACAUGAUGGCGGAGCAGACCCCCUCUCGGCCCCCGAACCUCCCGGGCCAGCAGGGUGUUCAACGGGGCCUCAACAUGUCCAUGUGCCACCCCGGACAGAUGUCCUUGCUGGGCAGGACAGGUGUGCCCCCACAGCAGGGCAUGGUGCCCCACGGCCUGCACCAGGGCGUCAUGUCCCCUCCACAAGGCCUCAUGACCCAGCAGAAUUUCAUGCUGAUGAAGCAACGGGGCGUGGGGGGAGAGGUCUACAGCCAGCCCCCCCACAUGCUCUCCCCACAGGGCUCCCUCAUGGGUCCCCCUCCCCAGCAGAACCUCAUGGUGUCCCACCCCCUGCGGCAGCGCAGUGUGUCUCUGGACAGCCAGUUGGGCUACCUCCCGGCGCCGGGCAGCAUGGCCAACCUGCCCUUCUAGAAGUCCCUGCUGGGGGCUGAAGCCGGGGCAAUGUUGCAAAUAUGAUAACCUUAAAACGUUCUUCCCCUCCAGUGUUGGGAUGGCCUGGGUCAAGGGGUGGGGUGGAGAGGGUGGGAGGGGGCUUGUGUGGGGAGUGGCAUUUGUGGAAACCAGAUGUGCUGGCAGCUUAGGGGAGGUGGCAGAGUGGGGUGGGCAUUUUGGUGUGGGGUUUGUUCCAUUUCGGCCACUAGGACUGCCCCUCCCCACUGCCCCCAAUUCCUAUGGAGCCUCAGUUUUCCCUCUUCCCCUGAACCCUGUCCCCAUUCAGCUAUGCUUUUGGAGUCCGUCUGGGGGUCUUGGGGGAGAGAGGAAGGAGAGGAGAGGUCUUCCCCAUCCCUUUCUGCCACUGUCUCGUCUCUUCAUUGCUCGAGCCCCACCUUCCUCCUUUUGGUUCCUCUGCGCCCCCCGUUUUUCCUUCUGUCUUUUCCUGCCUCAUUUCCUCUUCCUGCUGAUGUGGCUGACCCCUCUCCCACCCCUCCCUGCAGGCGGCUGGCCAGGUGGGCAGGUGCCAGCCGUAGCUGUAAAUAGAGCGCUGCGCUUUUGUGCCGGUUUGUGUGUGUGCUGUAUUUCUGUGUUUUGAUAGACGUCACACAAAAAGAUAAAAGAAACCCUUCCCCCUUCAAAUUGCUGUCCCCUCCAUUCCCCUGGACCCAGGGACAUGCUGCCUGACACCCCCACCCACUGUUUGCAGUGUCUCUGGGUCCAGAAGGGAUACCAUUCCUGUCUCCUCCCCAAAUGGUAAAAUGACCUAGAUGCCCCACACCGAAACUGAGGUCAGACCAGCUAGGCUUCCACCUGGUGAGCCCCAGCAGGGCUGAGACCCCCAGGGCGGCAGCCCGUCUGCUGCUGAGUGAUUCAGGGAGAACAUGCGUGUAUGUGCAUGCGUGUUUGCCCACACCAGUGACAUGGGGCCCUGACAUCCCGCUGUGGACGUCUGGGUGUCCCCUGCUGCUACAUCUUAGCCAGAACUUGAAGUCCUUUGUUCCCCAGUCUGGGAUGAAGGAAAGGAGGAAGAGGCGGUGGCUGUAUGCCCCAUUGAGUGGAGCCAUGGAGGUGUGGCAUGAUGCCUCUGGGCCUGUGGCCACAGUAGCCCUGGGCCAGGGAACCUCCAGGGCCCUGACUCUUCCAGAGGGUGCCACCUACUUCUUACCAAAGAAGAAAGCAACAGGGUUUGUCUGAGUCAGUCUGCCUCCCCUCCAGCCGCCACCCCUUGAGGAUGGAAUAGGGAAAACAGCAUCCUGCUGCCUCCUCUCUGCCUGCCCACUCACCGGCAAGGUCCCUCUGCCCAGGGCUCAGGACCAUGUACCAGAUCUGUCUGUGCCCACCCAGGCACAGCCACUGCCUCCCCCUCAGCUCCCUGCUUUUCCCCGGAAGAGCUCCCCAUCCACCUCUGGUCAGAGAUGAAGCCAUAUACGACUGGGUGUUUUGCUCCCCUUGGCCCCAGGAGUAAAAAACUUCUCCUUUUCUCACUUCCUUUCCUGCCUUGUGAGGUGGUGGGGCAGUUCCCUGGCAGGGCCAAGGGCCAUUCUAGACAGGGUGUCUUCUACCAGGACCCCGUCCCCAGCCUCCCUGAUUUGCAGGGCCUGGUCUCACAUUGGCAGCUGUAACGUAAAGGGAACUUGCCCCACUCCCAGUCUGGUGCUGUGCUCUCAGUCCACCGCCAGCCGGGCCCAACGCUUCCUCCGGGCUGGCCACAGGCUCCUGACUCCCUGGCACCUGCCAGGGGCCGUGGCCGGGGCCUCUGUGUGCAGGGGCCGCCUGCCCUCCAUCCUGCCAGGCGCUUUGCCCACCUGCCCCAAUCUGGGCCCUGUGCCCAUGAGCCCCCACCCCUGUCCCCAGGCUUCCCAGCCUGUCUGACUCUAAAUGUUUCCUGCCCUGAGGAGAGAGGGGUCAGACUGUAAGAGGCCCAGUGCCCUGCCUGUCCCCUCUUCUCCCACCUCCGCCACAGGCCAGCCUACUUCUUCCCUCCAUCCAUGGCCAUAUCCCCAGCCAUUUUGUACCAUUAUAUAAAUAUAUAUAUAUAAAUAUAAAUAUAUAAAUACAAUAUGUGAAGACAUCUUCUUGGUUUUUAUUUUGAAACAAUUUUUAGGCUUGUUCCGGGGGUCUCUGUGCUGCCUGUACUGUAUUGACCUAUUGACCUGUUUUAUAGGUGCCUUUUUAUUAAAAAGAAAAUUCAAAAUGCA